AUGAGCCCUCCUCCAAGUACGCCUACGCCGAGGAGAUUUCUUCUUGCGAAACGCGGCGCCACUCAGUCGUCGCAGACUCCUACAGGUCCUCCGAGAUUUCAGUCGACUCCGCGCUUUGGCUCUUCAUCUGUUCCUAGGCCGACGCAGAGUCGCACCAUCGUCGACAUUGAGGAUGUAGAAGAAGUUGAUGAUCUCGUCGAGGAGAGUUCUUCGAAUACAGACGAUGAAGGACUUGAAACGAGGAAGCAUGCUCCCCUCAACGACUCCAUCGAAGUCGAAGAUGAUGAUGUAACGGCUUCGCGUGAUGGCAGUGUCGGCAUCAGCAUCUCCGAAGAUGACGAGGAAGAGAUGCCUCGGGGGUCUAUCGAACGUGAAUCGCCCGGACUAUUAAAUCUGCCUCAUGACACAUCUCCCUUGGAAGAGAGAGAGCCCAAGCGGCGAAGAGUCUCAAUCUCACCAAUGCCAGAGUCAAGCCCUCUUGGCGAACACCACUAUCUAAACGAUAACAACCUCCAAGAUGCGGAAGAGAGGGAGCACACGCCUACGCAGAGUUCGGUAGAGAGUCUGCAGGACGCCAUCCCAACACACGACGAGGCCAGGGCACCCCAACAGCCAACCUUUCGCCCGCCGCCGCGUUUCAAACCAGCAGAGGUUGACCCCACGGUCGAAGGUCUCCCCGCGGCCUUUUCCCCCCAGCGCCGGGGCGCAAAGUAUGUGGCAGGCGGGCUUGCCGCCGGGCUGCAGGGGUGGCUCUCGGAGGUGAAGGGCUGGGAGGGCACGGUCCCGUCUGCCGCCGCCGCCGUGUCUGUUGUCAAGGUGGUUGUGGAAGAGGUUCGGCCGGGCCGCCGGAUGUACUUGGUCACGGGCCGGGUGGGCGAUGACGGUGCUGCGCCGGCGAGGAGGUUUCUGCUCGCGGGAGAGGGGAGGUUGACGGGACUUGGACAGAGGGCGGCUGUUACUGUCGGAAAUGUUGUCGAGGUCGGACAGCCAGUGUGGGAUGUCGAGUUGGAUGGGCAAGUUUGGACUGUUGCAUGCGAUUGGGGAGUAUCUUGA